UCAACCCGAAUGGACCACUACAAGGCAGACCUUCGCCUUUCUUUCCAUUGUAGCCUUUUUCGGAGUCUCAAGACUCUCAAAUCCCACACCUUAUUUACUCCUCUCCCUCUCCUUAAUGUGGGCACCAUGGUUGAGCACACCAAGAAGGAUCCGCACCAAAUCAAACCCUCCAACCUUCUCUUGCUCAUCCUUCAAAGACAUCCAAAGCCUCUGCGAAGAAGAACCCAAGCCCCAACCCGAAUCCCCUAAAUCACCCUCCAUUUUCCACCGGGUCCGGGUCCCCACCUCGCUGCUCCGCACCCGGUCCCACCGCAAUGCAUACCCACAACCAUCAAAACCGUCCAUCACUCUCCCCGGCGCCGAUCAACGCAUCAUACUCUAUUUCACGAGCCUCCGCGUCGUGCGCAAGACAUUCGAGGACUGCAGAGCCGUCAGAUCAAUCCUCCGAGGUUUCCGCGUCCCAAUCGACGAACGAGAUUUAUCCAUGGACUGUCAGUAUAUGGACGAGCUGCAAGGGAUCCUAGGUUGUAAUAAGCUGACAAUGCCUGUAGUUUUCAUUGCCGGGAGAUACAUUGGUGGGGCCGAGGAGAUUAGGCAGCUCCAUGAGAGUGGAGAAUUGAAGAAAUUGAUCGAACGGUUGCCAGUGGUGGAUCGGAGCGUCUGUGAUAUGUGUGGAGGGCUUAGAUUUCUUUUGUGUGAUCUGUGUGAUGGGAGCCACAAGGUCUAUAUGGAGAAGAUGGGUUUCAAAAGCUGCUCGGUUUGCAACGUGAACGGUCUGAUCAGAUGUCCCUUUUGUUCUUCGGCGCCUCACCGACGAACCAAAUCCAUGAUCAAAUAGGAAAAGCCCAAUUUAAGUUUCUUUUUAGGCCUUUU